GCGCAGCCUCUGGUCUAUGGGGGGUCACCGGGCGCUCAAGACGUCGACACGAGGGUCGAGCGACAGGUGCGCGCCUCCCCGAGCGCGCCUGCCAAUCCCCGGGCCGGCGAUGCGCGCCCGCUCAGGUGCCGCCGCCGAGACCCCGCCCCUCGGGCCGCUGUAAUCCAAUCUCGAGCUCGCGCACAGCAGGGACAGCCUCGGCGUCGCCCUCAUCCCACUCCUUCCUUGAGGAGGGUGUUUUUUUCUGGUGCGCAGGCAGGGCAGGCAGGGCAGGCAGGGGCCGGAUCGGAUUUACCGCAUAACUCGAAAGUCCAGUUCGACCGAGCAAGAUGACACAGGAGAAUGACAGCAGCAAGAGGGCUGUACUGGUGCUACAGAAUGAACCAGGAUACAGCCAGCGACGGUCAUUCACCAACGAAGAUGAGGCCUGGAAGUCCUUCCUCGAGAACCCGCUGACGGCCGCCACCAAGGCCAUGAUGAGCAUCAACGGGGACGAGGACAGCGCCGCCGCCCUGGGCCUGCUCUACGACUACUACAAGGUGCCCCGAGAGAAGAGAACAGUGACACAGACCAAGCCAGACGUGCUGGGGUCUGAAGUGGAUCCUAACAAAAGCAGGAACCUGAUGGCCCCACACCAGGAGGCCUCCAUGGCCGCAGGGGAGAGCAGAAUCCAGGUGCUAAAGAGUGUCCCGUUCAACAUCGUCCUCCCAACAAAUCAGCUGAGCCAAGACAAGAGGGUCCCGUUCCCAUCUCCAGACACCACGGUCACAGUGUCCAUUGCCGCCAUGCCCGGCUACCCAGUGAAGACCGAGGUGCCCGCACAUGGCUUCCCGGUGGCUGCCCCUCCUAGCGCCCACUGCCCGGAGCCCGACGGUCAUGCCGUGGUGUUUGACCGGCCGCUCAGUCACAGCCAGUUCAGCCCCAGCACGCAGCCGCGCACACCGGACUCCACCUUCCCGGAGACCUUCAAGGAUGGAACCUCAGAGGUGUUCUCAUUCCCAGGGGAUCUCCAGUUACGCAUGCCCUCCAUCGCGCCGGACGACUAUGCCAGCUUUGACACCAUACCGAGUAAUAACUUUGAGUACACGUUGGAGGCCUCAAAGUCACUUCGUCAGAAGUCUGGCGACGGAACGAUGACAUACCUCAACAAAGGCCAGUUCUACCCCAUCACCCUUCGGGAGAUCGACAACGGCAAAGUCCUUCACCACCCCAUCAGCAAAGUUCGGAGCGUGGUGAUGGUGGUGUUCGGAGAGGAAAAGUGUCGGGACGACCAGCUCAAGCACUGGAAAUACUGGCACUCCCGUCAGCACACAGCCAAGCAGCGCUGCAUUGAUAUCGCCGACUACAAAGAGAGCUUCAACACCAUCAGCAACAUCGAGGAGAUCUCCUACAAUGCCAUUUCCUUCACAUGGGACAUCAAUGAGGAGGCAAAGAUCUUCAUCUCGGUGAACUGCCUGAGCACGGACUUCUCCUCGCAGAAGGGCGUCAAGGGCUUGCCCCUCAACUUGCAGAUCGACACGUACAGCUACAACAACCGCAGCAACAAGCCCAUCCACCGGGCCUACUGCCAGAUCAAGGUCUUCUGCGACAAGGGGGCAGAGCGUAAGAUCCGUGACGAGGAGCGAAAGCAGACGCGUCGGAAGGGGAAGUGCGCCGACAUGGCGAGCACCCUCGGGGCCUAUGUGGACGUCAAGGUUCCCCUGUUGCACAAGCGCAGUGACAUCACCACCUUCAAGGCGAUGACCGACCUGGACACCCAACCUGUGCUCUUCAUCCCUGACAUCCACUUCUCCAGCUUCCAGCGCCACUUCCCAUCAGAAGAUGGAGAGGACGGGGCAGCCAUGAAGAGGUUACCCUUCAACGAGGAGGAGUUUGGUUCCCCUCCCAACAAGCUGCCCAGGAUGGAUGAGCCCAAAAAGGUCCUACUCUACGUGCGGAAGGAGACGGAAGAGGUGUUUGACGCUCUCAUGCUGAACACUCCCACGCUGAAGGGGUUGGUGGAGGCGAUAUGCGAUAAAUAUGAGCUCCCACUUGAAAAGAUAGGAAAGGUCUACAAGAAGUGCAAAAAAGGGAUCCUGGUGAACAUGGACGACAACAUCAUCAAGCACUACUCCAACGAGGACACCUUCCAGAUCCACAUGGAGGAGCUGGGCGGCAUUUACAAGCUCACCCUGACGGAGAUCUGAGCAGAGGGAGUUAGGGGCACGGCCAUGAGACCCCCCACCAUUCAGCCCAUCCUCCACCCAGGGUCAGACCGCUGCGGGACUGUACGGCGACCGCCGAGUCGCAAAGGGGAUCCGGGUUUACAUAUCAUGUACAUAGGUCGACCUUGUGCUCCGAGCAUCCACGCUGUCUCCGUGUCCCGAAGCGCUCCGCUCCGUUCAGGACGGAGGGAGAGCAGUUCUUCGCAAAGCACUAAAGUAUUCGGGCAAAUUGCUGCCUUUGUUCAGCAGAACGAUGGAGAAACCGACUGAUUUCCAAACGGGUCGUUCGGUCACGAAGCAGUUAGCGUGAAUAUUUCAAUGCUUUGGAUAGCCUUCUUCGCCCACGACUACCAUUCGGUGGAAAGUGGGCAGGUAGGGAGCCCUUCUUUUUUUUUGUAUCUGAGUGUGCGUGAAGGAUUUGUUCGUCAGACCGAUUCGGCAGCAUCGCCUUAGGCAAGGUCAUGUCACAACGCGGGUGAAUUCGACGAAAGGCGGGAGGAAGACCGGACAGUCGUCCCAGAGACGGAAUUACGAUUUGAAUUAUAAAUCUGAUGCGACCUUCUGCUUUAAAUUGCUCUCUCGGUGUGUCCGUGCGAAAAAUCGUUGCGCUGCACACCUUGAUCUCUUCGAAUCUCUUAAACAGGGCUUUAACUUUGUGUGCCUUCACGAAUCUGUAAAUAGAAGCACAAUCAAUGGAACACCCAUCCUGUUUUGACAUGUAACUUCCUGCAGUAUUUAGUACGUAAACAUCAUGUUCGAUCUCCGAAACUAGUCCCCUCAUCGAUUGCCUGGAAUCGGUACGUGUGGUUGUCUCCGAUGGACAAGAGUGUAGACAUUCAUCUGAGUGGCAUAAGAGCUCUUUGGUUUCAUGACAAGUAUUAACAGUAAAGCUUUACCAUCUGGCCCAGGACUGAACACCUUCAGCCUUAUUAUCACUUAAACCCUCACUGCAAAGUGUCAGUGAACCGUACGUAAUCUUCAUUUUUACCUGUACAGGAAGUGCAAUAAGUGACGUUCAUUUUCACAACUGUAUGAACAGAUUUUGUCUAUACAUCUAUAUGAUUCUGAAGGUGAAUAUAAUCUAAUGCAAUAAUUUCCAUCUUUCUUUUAUAAGGAAAUGGCAAAACUGAAUUGCUCAAAUUAACAAGCCAGUAUAGUUUUUUUUUUUUCCUAAAAUGUUGUAUCUAAAGAUUUUUUUCCCCAGUGAAAUUACUCACUGGUUUUAUCAGUUUAUCAGUGUAUUUAUUUUAUAUGCAAUAAGCAAGGAUUGGGGUAUUUUACUGAGCUAUGAACUGUGGCAGAUUUUUAUUACCAAUAAGAUUGUAUUAUAAUUUUGACUGUUUUUAUAUGAAAAUACUCCAGAGUAUAUGUAUUUGUAUGCUAAGGGAUUUUUAUUUUUUAUUUUUUUAAGAGGGUGUUUAUGUACUUCUUUGAUGUUUAUGGUCAGGAUGCUACUACAUGUAUGACAUGUAUUGUAUCCAAUAAACCAAGGAUUUGGAAGAGG